CCAGCCCUCCUGCAGCCCCCCCCCCUCUCCCCCUGAAACAUCUGCGGUCGCUUUUUUUGAUGAGAGUCAUCUCUGGGGGAGAUGGCUGUUUUCCGGCUGUCGCUGCUGCUGCAGGUGGGGUUCGUGAUCGGUUCGAACCCCGCCCACGCGCAAUGGUCAGCGCGCGGGGAAGGAGACGCCGGCGCGCGGGGUCUGAUCCGCGGCGCGCCUGAGCACCCUCCCGGGGAGACGGCGAGGGGGACGCAGGAGCGCCUCCCCCGGGUGGUCACGGCUUUUCUGCACACGGGGGACUCGACCACCCUGGAGCACGCCAACUGCUCGCGGAGGUACGAGCUCACCUCUCUGCGCGGGGGUCCGCGAGGCACCCCGCAUCCCUCCGUGAGCGGCGUGCUGGACGCGGUGCUGCACGCCACGAACUUCCUCAACGUGAUCCUGCAAGCCAACAGGUCCAGGGAGCAGAGCCUCCGGCGCGACAUCGAGUGGUACCAUGCCUUGGUCCGCAGCGUGCUGGAGGGCGACCCCAGGAUCCACCGGGCGGUCGUGGCUUUCAGCCCGGAAUCCUCCGCGGCGGGGGGCCCCUCGGUGCUUCUCCAAGCCACCAGGGCCAGCGGGGAGAUCGUCCUCCAGGACCUCUCCGGCGCGGCGCACCUCCACCUGCACAACCGCACGGCGGACACGGAGUGGUACCACGCGGUCAGAGAGAGGAAGAAGCCCGGCUCCCAUAAGAGGGUGCUGAUCCGAGACCCCGCGUCACCCGACGCUUCUUCCAGAAGACGGGAGAGUUUUACCCCGGACAAGACGCACGUCAAGUGGUCCGUGCCCUACCUGGAGUGUGAAAAUGGGAAUUUUGUCCCCCGCUGGCUUCUGACCUUAUCGGCUGCCUUCUACGGCCUGAAGCCCAACCUGGCUCCGGAGUUCAGGGGCGUGGUGCGAGUGGACAUUAAUCUGCAGGAUAUUGAUAUCGACCAGUGCUCCGCUGACGGAUGGUUCGCCGGGACGCAUCGAUGCAACCUGACCACGAUGGAGUGCGUGCCGCUCCACGGUCACGGCUUUGUCUUGGACAAAUACUCGUGCCGCUGCAGGGCGGGAUUCUACCACCCCAACCGAGUGGCCGUCAACAGCUUCACAGGGACGGGCAGGAAGGGGAAAGCCAGGGACAGCGGCCCCAACGCGGACGAGGGGUCCUCCAGCGACUGCCUGCCGUGCCGGCAGGGCUGCGCCUACUGCCGGGACGAGACCCCCUGCGUGGCGCCGGAGGACGGCGCCCUGCGCCUGGCCGUGGUCUCCGUCCAGUGCCUCUGCGUGCUGCUGGUCUUCGUCGCCAUGGUGCUCGUCUACCACUUUCGCAGGAACAAGAGUAUCCGGGCGUCGGGUUUAGUGCUGCUAGAGGCCAUCCUGUGUGGAGCUCUGCUGCUCUACUUCCCGGUCGGGAUUCUCUACUUCCAGCCGAGCGUUUUCCGCUGCAUCCUGCUGCGAUGGGUUCGGCUGCUGGGUUUCGCCACCGUCUAUGGGACACUGACUCUUAAGUUGUACAGGGUGCUGAAGGUGUUCCUGUCCCGCACGGCGCAGAGGAUCCCCUACAUGACCAGCUGGCGAGUGCUGCGGCUGCUGGGCAUCAUCCUGCUCAUCGUCUGCUGGUUCCUGGUGGCCUGGACUUCCGCCGUCUGCCAGAACCCGGACCGGAAGUUGGCUCUGAUCGACGUGGGCUACACGCCCGACGGGCUGCAGUUCAGCAUGUGCCUGCUGGACCGCUGGGACUACAUGAUGGCCGUCGCCGAGUUCCUCUUCCUGCUGUGGGCGGUGUACCUGUGCUACGCUGUGAGGACGGUGCCCUCGGCCUUCCACGAGCCUCGCUACAUGGCCAUCGCCGUUCACAGCGAGCUGGUCCUGACGGCCGUGUUCUACGUCAUCAGGUUCACUCUCGCUCCGGAGCUCCACCCGGACUGGAUGCUGCUGCUGUUCUUCACCCACACCCAUUUAACAGUAACAGUAACACUGGGUCUGCUGCUCGUGCCCAAGUUCCUGUUUGCCGGCACCCACAUGAGAGACGACAUCGCCUCCGAGGCCUACGAGGACGAGCUGGACAUGGGUCGCUCCGGGUCGUAUCUCAACAGCAGCAUCACGUCGGCGUGGAGCGAACACAGCCUGGAUCCCGAGGACAUCCGGACGCCAGACGAAACGGGCCACCUCAGUUCUAUUAAUGGCUGCGGCGUCAGGUCUUGCGACAGUCUUUGGGAAAAACGUACCAACGAGGAGCUGAAGAAACUCUACUCUCAGCUGGAGAUCUACAAGAGGAAGAAGAUGCUGGCCAACAACCCUCACCUGCAGAAGAAGAGGAGCUCCAAGAAGGGUUUGGGUCGCUCGCUGAUGAGGCGCAUCACUGAGAUCCCAGAGUCGGUGCACCGGCAGUGCAGCCGCGAGGACAAAGACGCCGGCGAACACGGGAGCAACCGCAACAGCAUCUGCAUGCUGAAGAAGAACCCCUUCGAUCCGACACACCAAUCGAAGGCGGCGAAGGAGGACGCGCUGAAGAACAAGGUCUUCUCCCUCAAGAAGUCCCACAGCAGCUACGACCACGUCCGCGACCAGAGCGAAGACUCCGGCAGCGCGGCGACGGACAAGAUGGAGGCGACGCCGGCCGAAGGCUCCCUCCUGGACGCGCUUAUGGGCAAGAAGCUGGUCAAGAAGCAGUCCGGUGACAACAUGAGCGUCCCCAGCGAAUCCACGGAGUCGGUUCCUCUGGUCUGCAAGUCGGCCAGCGCCCACAACCUCAGCGCGGACAAGAAGCCCAUCCACCCUCGGGCCUCCAUGCUGCAGAAGUCCCUCAGCGUCAUCGCCAGUGCCAAAGAGAAGACUUUGGGCUUGACGGGGAAGGCCGCGGGCGCGGAGGAGAGCGGCCGGAGGAGCCAGCCGAAGAGCAAAGACGCCAGGGUCAACCCGGAGCCGGAAAACGAGCGCCAGCCCAAGAUGAUCGUCAGCCAGUCGGUGGAGUGCAAACAGGCCGCGGCGUUGGGCAGGACCAUGAGGCAGCCGGCGAGCGGCAGCCAGCCUGCCAUCUGCUCCGAUCCAGUCAAGGCGAAAGACCUCUACGACCUCUCCGAGGUGUGUCCCUGGGAGGUGGAGGAUCUCCCGACCCCGUCCGAAAACAAGGUCCAAAAGCACGUGUCCAUCGCGCCGAAGGAAACCACGACGGUGCACGGGGGCGGCGGCGGCGGCGGCGCCAAGGGGGGCAAAUCUCAGAAGCAGAAAGCCUGCGAUCAAUCGCCGUCCAGCGGCAGGGUUUCAAAGAACGGCCAGAGGACGACCGCCGUCCGAGCGGACGUAUGUCCCUGGGAAGAGGGGGGGGAGGGUCAAGGCAGCCAGGAGGGCGGCUCGAAGCAAAAAAGCGGCAAAUCCCCCAAGACCCAGCAGCCCCGUUCGGCAACGGAGAGCUCCAAAACGCACCCAGUGGACGUUUGCCCGUGGGACUUCGAAGAGCCCCAAAAGACGGCGGAGUCGGCCCGUCCAACGGAUGUGACGCCGCCGAGAAAAGGCCCCUCCCCCGCCGAGGGGAAAGGGCGAAGUGUCCUCUCUGAUCCUUCCAAAACGGAAGGCUCCCUCCUGCCGCCGUCCUCGAAAGCCGCGCCCCCGGCUUCGGCGAGGACGCCGAGCCCCUCUCGGGCGCACCAGAGCAAGGAGGCCCCGUCGAAAAAGAGGGACGCCACCUGCCCGAGAACUGUCGAGAGGUCAAAAGACGCUGACGACGACAGAAGUAGAGCGAAAGCUAAGGACAAGAGUAGAUGUUCAGAGAAACACGUGAGCCAGCAGAAGAUGGCCGAGGUGUGCCCGUGGGACGUGGAGGGUCACCCCGAGGCGCCGCUGGUGGAAAAAAGGAGGAGCGCAAACGUCGGCGCGGCCAAGGCGAAGCCGGCUGACGUCUGUCCGUGGGAUUUUGCGGAUACGUCGGAUAGAAAAGGUACCGAUUCUGGUUCCGUCGUGAAUCCGAGCAACGCCAAUCCGAAAGGCGGAGCCGCCGUCGGUGCCAAGAAGGCAGAUGUUUGUCCCUGGGACUUUGACGACGGCACGUCGAGCAAGGAGGCGUGACACCCGACCUCAAUGGACCACUGAAGCUAUAGUUAUUGAUGUGUACUCUUUUUUUCCACUUUGAAAACGGUUAAAUAUUACCUUUUACUGAUAGUACGGUGACUUGGAAGAAAAGUUGAUCAAGUUCCACAAGUUGCCUUCCUUUCCGAGGUUUUGUUCCUGUUUUACCUAUUUUGAAAAUAAGUAAAAUGUACAAAAAAAAACGAAGUCGUGACGAGCAUUCCAGAUUACUACAGGAAAAUCCUGGAGAUAAAUCUUUAGACUAAUUAUGCAACUUUUGAUUCAGCCUUUUCACCUCAUGAGCAAUGUCAAAAAUCUGCAUUCAUCACGUUCUGUGUGCGGUCAACAGUUCAUCCGCGGUUCUUUCCGUGCAUCGACGUCAUCGCGUAGAGGACUUGACUUGACGACGGGACGGCUGGAUUCGUAGAGGGGGGGGGGGAGCAAAAGCCAAAGAAUAAGGGAACAUCUGCAAGGAGGACAUUGAUACGGGAGGGAAGGACUCAGCGAGGGAAUCAGUCUCUAGCACUUUAGCCAACUCCAUAAGUAAAGAUCUCCACCUUCAUUGCAUGACCCCACACAGGACACCGAAAAUCAUUUUCCCUUCUUUUCUUUAGAUCUAUUUAAUUGUAGUCCUCGGCAGAUUAAAAAUGCUUCCAAGUCUGCAGAGAUGUACUGUAUGUGCCUAACUAAACUAGCGUUGUCUUGUACCAGUGGAAGCAGGCGCCUUCUCCUUUAUAUAAACAGCAUGCACAGCCAGGUGUCAGAGUAGGUCAGCUGACGCAGUUCAUGUCCGGAUAAAUAUAUAUAUAUAUAACGUUUCUUUUUGUUGUUUCUUUAAUACCAGAGGCACUCCUUUUCCCGCUGGUUUCAUAUCUCCAGAGGCUCCUCCAGGGUGGUGGUGCAGCAUUAACGUGUAUGUGCGUCGGAAUGUCUCAUGCUGUAAAAAAGAAAGUAGCAGUCCAGCAUGGGUCUUUGUGUGUGUGUUGAUGGCAAAAUAUCCAGAAUCCAAACUUCGACAAAACUGGAGAAAAAGCAGCCGAUCGAAGCCGCUGCGCGAGAAGGUUAAACGUUGUGUUUCAUUUUGCUCCAGUGUGAACGAUCUGAGAACCUGGAACUUCACUAGAACAAAGUCUGGUGGCACGAGGGGUCAAAUGAGCGCACAACGUAAAAUAAUUUUUUUUUAAAAAAGGCCAACCAUAGAACUCAAUUCCCUUUGUGUGUGCAGAGCAGCUUUCCUGUGCAAUGACAGUUGUAGCCCCGAUAGGCCGUUGUUUCACUUCAUGCACUUUUUCUGCCUCUUGCAACGUAAGAUUGUCCCCCGGUGAUCAAUCGAUUAGGGACAGGAACUAGUGGAGGACUUUUCACUGACCUUUUAGUUGCACGGCCAUCUUAUACUGGAGUGUGCACCCACAUCUUGAUCCGUUUCGUAGACCUAAUCACUGCAUAGAUUAGCAGGAUGUAGCAGAAAUUACACAGGAAGGACGCUUGCAUGAGGAUAUGUCGAAUAGAGAGGUUGAGAUCGUUGGGCUAACUGUUAGCUUGUUAUCAACCAGUGUGGUCAUGUGACCUGUCAGACUUUGUUGUAGCGAUGGCGCCUUGUUUCCAGAUGAUAACUACAAGGCUUUUAUACAGCGGAACUACCCUUUCGUAUUUUAAAAGAAUAAUAUCGCUGCUAGCGCCACACUGCCAUCAGUUUGUUGUUCACGAGUUGGCGAGGAGCGUAACGCUCGUUGUCCCCAGUUCAAUGCGCGGAUUCGUUAAGAUGAGCGUGAAUUAGGCCCAUGGCGACGUGGCCAUCAAUACACGACCCGACGAAACCGCUUGAAAGGCUUUUUACUGGUUCAGUGUUUCGUAUCUAAAUGUCUAAACGUUCAUCACAAACCGUCAAAGUGGGAAGAAAAAGAAAUCUCCCACUUUUGUUUAAAACAACAACUGCAGCCGUGGGGAGAACUGUGUGUGAAUCCAGCAUCCACGGUACUUUAUUGCAUCCUGUGAGAAUUACAUGAUAUCACUGAAUGUCGUCCCUGAUUGUAAUUAUCAAAAUUUGAUGUCAAAUUCCUAAAUAUCAAAGAUCGGUAGGAGUCUUAACUAACUGUCGUCAAAUAUAUAUUUUUUGAAUCUCUGCUAAUUUUGCAAAAUCCUAUUUAAACGCAGUCCUUCGAUUUCCCAUUUCGUUAUCAGCAUAAACCUGAAAUCAAUCCGGCGGCAGUGAGUCGGAGCCGCGGCCGCCGCGCGGGACGGACGGUAGCGACCUGAUGGGUCGACGUGCCGCGUGCUGUCGAACCCGCGACCUCUCAAAAGCCACUUUUUCCUCUUUCCGUCGCGUUGGUUUUGAUCUUCUUUCACGCUGCCCUGAACGAUGAAUGCUGUGCUGUUUUAUUUAUUUUGUGCGUGCGUGCAGGCUGCUGUAACCUAUUGUGACCGAGCCGCCCGACACAACUGCUACUCUUGCUACUACUACUCAAUUCUGUGACGUCGUAAAACUUGCUCUUGUGGCUUCUGCAUGAAUUCCAGAAAAGAAAUUAGAAAUAAUAAUAAUAGGAACCCAUGUUUCACUGCCCUUGAUAGAACAAAAAAAGGAUCUUUUAUGGACUGUUACAAGUUGUAUAGUGAGUGAUACUGUCUCUAACCCACUGUAUUAUGUGCUUGUUAUGACUAUUGCUCUAUGACAAGCUUAUAGCAUCAAUAUAUGGGAAUAUUUGGUAGAUUUAUAUUGUGUUAUAUUGUGAUAGCAUGUACAUAAAAAAUACCUCCUCUGCAAUAAAUAUUUAUAUGAAAAUGAA